UUCAUGCUGUGUUAGCAUCCCCCGAGCAACUCCAUCAAUACCGCAUACAGCUGAACUGCUGGCAAAAGACCUGCAACUGCAGCUAGAGAGAGAGAGAGAGAGAGAGAGAGAGAGAAGGCGAAUGGAGUGAGAAGGUGUGUGAGUGUGUGUUUUGUGUUUAAAGCUUUGAAGGAAUCAGCACCAGUGGAAGAGAAUAAAGAAUAGGAGAGAGCAAGUGAGCACUUCUUACUCUGCUGUAUUACUACAGCUGUGUGAGUGUGAGAGAGGGAGAGAGAGAGAGAGUGAGAGAGAGAGAGAGAGAGAGCGGCUCGCUCUGGGACUGUGUGUGGAUCCUGGGUUACUGCAGUAAAAAGCGGUGCAGGACGCAAACGCAGCACUCCAGAAGACUUCUCAGGAGCUUCAGGAGCCUGAAGAAGAGCUUGGUCUGGGUGCUAGAAUGUUCUCCUGCUCCUCGGAAGUGUCCGUGCAGUGAGUGUGUGUGUGGACGCUGAUCUGACCGCACCUGCUUCCUCCGGGCUUUAGGCUAUGUGCAGUGGCUGAGCUGUGAUAUGGCUGAACGGGUCAAGCAGGCCCAGAAUUCCCUGCUGCAGCGCUGUGUCCACCUCCACCUUCGCUCCCUGUGGCCCAUUGUGAGCGUCUGAUCCUGCCCGGCCCCCCUGCGCCCUCCCUGGGCUUCCCAAUCACCAGGCCUCCUGGCUUCACUGCGGGCCCACCAUGGGAGGAUGCCUCUCCAAACCCAAACCAGUAGAGGUCAAAGUUGAGCUCACUCUCCUGGACAAGGAGAAGGAAGCGGACCUGAUGUCUCCGAACGGUAAGGCUAGUCCGUUCUCGGAGUGUCGUCCCAACGGUUCUCUGGGUCACUGCUCGGAUGACGACUCGUCCGUACUGCGUCCGUCACACAAACACCGGGACUACAUCGAGGCCACGGUGUGCCACGUCAAAGACCUGGAGAACGGACAGAUGCGUGAGGUGGACCUGGGGCCGGGCAGAGCUCUGCUCAUUAAGGAACAUGGGGAAUUCUCUGCCAUGGGGCACAAAUGCCCUCACUACGGGGCACCACUGGUUAAGGGAGUUUUAUCUAAAGGGCAUGUUCGGUGUCCGUGGCACGGAGCCUGUUUCAACAUUGCAACCGGAGACAUCGAGGACUUCCCAGGGCUGGACAGUCUUCCCACUUUUCAGGUCAGAGUUGAAAAGGAGAAGGUGAUUAUACGGGCAAACAAACAGGCUCUCCAGACGCAGAGGAGGACAAAGGCCAUGGCCAAGUGCUCAGCCGUCAUCAACUCCAGUACAAGCUUUAGCCACGUUCUUAUCAUCGGAUCAGGUCCCGCUGCAUUGGUGUGUGCAGAGACGCUGAGACAGGAAGGCUUCACUGACCGCAUUGUGAUGUGCAGCAUGGACAAACACCCUCCGUAUGACAGGCCUAAACUGAGUAAGUCAUUAGAAAGCACAGCUGAACAGCUACAACUGCGCUCAACCGAGUUCUUCCAGAGCCACGACAUCGAACUGAUGCUGGAGAAAGAGGUUGUGUCAGUUGAUGUAAAAACAAAGAUGGUGAUGUUUCAGGAUGGCUAUAAGAUGGAGUACAAAAAACUCUUCAUUGCAACCGGAAGCAGGCCCAAGUCCAUUAACUACAAAGGUAAAGACGUGAGCAACGUGUUUCAUCUGAGAACUCCUGAGGAUGCGAACAGCAUAGCCCGACUGGCCAGCAGCAAGAACGCGGUCAUCGUGGGGACUUCGUUUGUCGGUAUGGAGGUUGCAGCUGCUCUUACAGAUAAAGCUCACUCAGUCUCUGUGAUUGGCAUUGAUGCGGUGCCUUUCCGUAAAGCCCUGGGGGAGAAAGUAGGAAAAGCGCUGAUGAAGCUGUUCGAGAUGAACAGGGUGAAGUUCUACAUGCUGAACGAGGUGUCCGAGAUGAGAGGCCAUCAUGGACAGUUAAAAGAAGUAGUGCUGAAAAGUGGCAAGGUCUUAAGGGCAGACGUGUGUGUUAUUGGCACAGGUGCAACUCCUGCUACUGCAUUUCUCAAACAAAGUGGCUUGCACAUGGACUCCAAGGGAUUCAUAACUGUGAACAAGAUGAUGCAGACGAACGUGGAUGGAGUGUUUGCAGGCGGUGAUGUAGUGACGUUCCCUCUGGCUCUCCGUGGCAAUAAGAAGGUGAACAUCCCUCACUGGCAGAUGGCUCAUGUCCAUGGGAGGGUCGCUGCUCUGGGCAUGAUGGGAAAAGCUGCAGAUAUUCGGACGGUGCCUUAUUUCUGGACUGCUAUGUUUGGAAAAAGCAUACGCUAUGCAGGUUACGGGGAUGGUUUUGACGACGUCAUUAUCCAGGGAGACUUGGACGAGCUGAAAUUUGUGGCGUUUUACACAAAGAGCGAGGAGGUGAUCGCUGUGGCCAGUAUGAACUAUGACCCCAUUGUGUCUCGGGUCGCGGAGGUGUUCGGAUCUGGAAAGACGGUUAAGAAGCGUGAUGUGGAGAUGUUCACCCACGGCAAGACGGGAGAUAUCUCGUGGUUGAUAGAUAAAGGUCUGCAGUGAGAUACCCCCCUCCCCCCACUCCCCCCACGACUUUCAUUUGGAGCUGUUUAAUGUCAGUGCUGCUGAUUUGGGAUCCUGCAUGCGGGAUGAGUUGCUGAAGAAUCUCCUGCACAUUUAUGCGGCGUAAAAGCCGAACCCGGGCUCACAUAUGGCAUGAAGCUGUUACCCUGUAACCCUAAGACUUUCCACAGAGCUGUGGAUACACCGAGACCUGCUCAACACUAACCUUACAAUAACCCGGAGCUGCUUUGUGACGAGACGACGGUCGGGUUUUUCGGAAACUGACGCGACGCUGAGCUUGGCCUUUUUCUGCUUGCGCAUGAAGCGACCACCUGUACACAUUGUUUAUAAAGAGGCAUUGAAAGGGGAAGAUUUUUGUUUUGUACAUGCAACACUGUAAAUAGUUCUUACCUGGAAAAUGCGUUGUAACAUUAAGCGAUGGUUUCGUUUCUACUAAAAACCUUUGCAAGUUUGUAAUGCUACCUAUUAGCUACGGAGUUAAAGAUCAGCUCUUGUGUUUGUAUGCCCAAUUUGGUACGACGUUUGCUAUGACAUCGCCUUGUUUUGGAAAAAAAAAAAACAAAAACAACGAAGCCUUCGAGAAAUCACAAGUAUCGGAAUAUUUAGAAAUGUAAGCUAAUCAAGUACGAUCAUCAGCACAAAUGCGUCUUGCUUGAAGUCGGAGGCCAGGUUUCAGGUGGUUUAGUGGACGUCCCACAGACCUUUUAACGUAGACAAGUCUGUUUUUUAAUCAAUUAAGGAGUCUGAAACCUGGCCUGGUAUCACAAGAGACUAGUAGACACAUCUAAUAAUAUCAAAAUCAGUAGCUUGAACUUCCCUUUUUAACGGAGAAAAGCAUGUUCCUUAGCAUCAGGCCCAUAUAAUGCUGACUAACAGCUCUUUAAUAUAAUGUACCUCUUAUGGUAACUUUGGUUGCCUUGCUGGUUUAAUUGCACAAAAAAUAAUAUAAGUACAUAUUUAAACCUAUACCUCUAUAAUAAUAAUAAUAAUAAUAAUAAUAAUAAUAAUAAUAAUAAUGCUAGCGAUAUGAAACUGUAAGCUUGUAUAUGCCGUUAUCUUUUUUCUGAUUGUCGGAUUGAUCGAUUGACCGAUGAAUAAUUCUAUUUUUAGAUAGUAUGCAAUAAUUCUGAUUGCUGAACUGGUAGUUUUGACCUCCUGAAACUCCUUUUUGUUACUAACUCAGGGAUAGGAGGAUCUUAUCAAAGGGGUU